AACUAAUGGAAAGUCUGUUUAGUAGUUUUAAUGUUCAGCGGGAGUAAGUGUUUAACAUUAUUGGCAUCAUUCGGCAUAAAUUUUAUUUUAGUCAAGUAAAUGUUGGGGUAUUUUAUACGCAAACUAGUUCAGUGGAGAUGGUGUGCACAAUUGCCACAGCGAUGGCACAGUGGGGUGCCAUAUUCUCAAUAACUGUGGCUCUUGCUGGAGCAGCGCUUUUGGCUUCGAUGCACAAGAUCGAUGAAGGUCACAUUGGAGUUUACUACAGGGGAGGAGCUCUCUUGACCACCACAAGUGGACCUGGUUUCCAUCUUAUGCUUCCAUUUAUCACCUCUUACAAGUCUGUCCAGACGACGCUGCAGACUGAUGAGGUGAAAAACGUUCCCUGCGGCACUAGUGGAGGAGUGAUGAUCUACUUUGAUCGCAUUGAGGUUGUGAACUACCUUGUUCCCUCAGCAGUGUUUGACAUUGUGAGGAAUUUCACUGCGGAUUACGACAAAGCUUUAAUAUUCAACAAGGUUCACCAUGAACUCAACCAGUUCUGCAGUGUUCACUCUCUGCAGGAGGUCUACAUUGGUCUGUUUGACCAAAUCGACGAAAACCUGAAACUAACAUUGCAAGAAGAUCUAACAAGCAUGGCACCUGGUCUCAUCAUCCAGGCAGUACGUGUCACAAAGCCCAACAUCCCAGAGACCAUCCGCAGAAACUACGAGCUUAUGGAGAGUGAGAAGACAAAGCUGUUGAUCUCCCAGCAGACCCAGAAGGUUGUUGAGAAAGAGGCAGAGACAGAAAGGAUCAAAGCAGUGAUUGAGGCUGAGAAAGUGGCCCAAGUGGCAGAAAUCAAGUUUGGACAAAAAAUCAUGGAGAAGGAAACUGAGAAAAAGAUCUCAGAAAUUGAAGAUGGGGCUUUCCUAGCACGGCAGAAGGCCAAAGCAGAUGCUGAGUUCUACACGGCACUGAAAGCAGCAGAAGCCAACAAGCUGAAGUUAACACCUGAAUACUUGCAGCUGAUGAAGUACAAAGCCAUCGCCGCCAACAGCAAAAUCUACUUUGGGAACGACAUACCCCAGAUGUUCAUGGACUCAGCUGGCACCUCACUAAAGUCCUCUGCAGCUGUGGAUCUGGUAGCAGAGCAGAUUUUGGACAGGGAUUAAGCAAGGAAGCUACAGUAUAUUGGGACAAUAUAGAACCACCCAUGGGUGGUGCACUUGAGCAUGUUGGGCAGCUUCACCUUCAUCUUAGAAGACUCUUUGCAGACCAGCGCCCUUAUUUUCACAAGUAUCUCAGAAUUACUGCUUUAAAAAUCUGUGUUUGGGUACGUAUGGAAAACCUCAGAAUAGGCCCUUUCCAGGGCAGCCUCAAAUGUUACAUAGCAACAUUGCUGGUAUAAAAGUACGAGGUGGAAGGAAAAAAAGUUUAUACACAUCGUCCACCCAGUUUAUUUGGCAACCACUUGUGUGGCAACAAGCAAUUAUUAAUCUUUUACAAUUUUUUUCCCCAGUUACUAUAACCCCGUCCCAACAAUUCUUACUCAUCCGUGGACUUUGAGUGUUGUUAUAAAAUAGCCAAUUAGUUGUUGAUUGGAUGGAUCCAAUCAAGUUCUGUCAACCAAAUAUGUAGUAAAUCCAAACUUUCAAGUGCAAUUUUUUUAAAUUUAAAAACAAAAUACUAGGUCCAACUUUGAUUAUUCCCCAUAUCCAGUUGAUCAUUUAAUACAAUUUCAGUACGCAGUGUUGUAUGUUACAUACUGGACCUUGGUCGCAUUCUAGCGGCUUAUAGCGUUUUUUGACCACUUCCCAUUUUUUUCAUGAAGUCGACAAGAACCAAUGCAGGUGGGUUGACAGUGAGUGAGCUCAAUCUCUAUAGGAGUGGCUGGUGGGUGUUGAAAUCCACUCUUGUCAGCCUCUACUUCCAAGUACUGCACAAGUCAAGAUGAAAAUUGUCCUCACUCCGUCAUCAUUUUUGCAUCGUUUCUUUUCUGUUUCUGUUUUACACUGCAGUGGAUGCAUGUAGAGUAGCAGUGUGUUCACCCGUUUUUCCCCACAUUGGGUGUGAUAACCACUAUCUUUUACACAUUGUGUAUGAAUGGGACAAAUCUAGUCUUUAACCACAGUGAUAUAGGCCACUCGGGAAAUUUGCCUGAGCCCUUAUUUGUUGAUGUGUUAUUCUAUGCAGGCAUGAGGGUUCUGUCAUUAGCAGACGUAAGCUGGUUUUGUUCCAGUCCAAGCAAAACAGUUUAAAAAAAAAAAAAGAAAAAAAAGUAUAGCUUGGAAAUGUAAGGCUUUAACUAUAAAACUUGAGGUCUAUUGAUGGAAGAGUGAGUGUUUUAUUGUGACUGCUAGUUUUUUACAUUGCAAAAUUUGAUCAGGUGAAAGUGAGUGCACUUUUGUGUUCUGUUAUGAAAAGCUACCUAUAAUGCUACAGUUGAGCAAAUUUCAAAUUGUACUUUUAUCAGAGAUGCUGUCAAAUUACACAUAGUUUUGUUCAGAAGUAUUUGGAAAAUGAGUUGUGGAUUUUUUUUUUUUAAAUCACCACAGUUGAUCAGAACAUGAUUCAAUUCAUUUUUGUAAUUAACACUAUAGUUCGGUGCUCAGUAGUGUGCAACCUGAGUGCAACCAUAUUCUCGCAAAAUGUUGACUGUCCUAAUGUACUUGGACAAAGGAAUAUCAAAUGUAUCUUUUUUUGUGAAGGAAUUAAAAAUCCUUUGGAAUCUAUGACUA